AUGGUUGUUGAUAGCAUUGUUAUUAAAGUUGAAAUUCUUGAAAUUCCUCGUCAGCCAACUGUAAAUGGGUCAGCAUCAAGCUAUCGUCCAUCAUCUGGUCGGUAUGGCUUAGUUGAACGAGGUAUAGAUGGAAUAUCUCUUUGUAUUCAUGAACUAUCAGCAGAACUAAUCUCCAAAGUCUUUAAAGCUUCUGUGAAUCUUUCUCAUAUUACUCUCGCAAGCAGAAUGCCAAACUGGGCUCCAGGACCCUUGAAUUCUACUUUUAUCCCCUUACCAGAGCGAAAUAGCAUUUUAAUUUUCAAGGAAGUUUCAUGGGAAAGCACUCAUCUCAAAGCGGAUGGUUUAGAUGAGCGUAUGACUCCUGUUAAAAUAAUUACUAAUCGGGCGCAUCUACGGGUGGUUUUGAAAAAGCGUCUCUCAGAUUCCUCUCUUGUUUACGGAAAAAUGACAUUAUUAAUCGAAAGCUUACUAUGGGUUCUUUCCGUUUCACAACUGGAAGCAACUAUCAUAUUUCUUAAAUUCCUCAAACGUUCAAUGGAAUCGGCUUCUGGUGAUAAUCUAUUUAAGACAAAACCUGUAGGAUUGAACAAUUCUGCCAUCAUUGACCCCACCGUUGGAACUCCAUUUAUGCCACGAUCCUCAGACUCCAAACUUAUUCAAGCCUUUGAUUUUUUUGAUGUUAAGGAGAACUCCUUCCAUCUUGAAGCCAAUCUCAUUGAAAUGCACUUCUGUGAGGAUAAUCUUCGCUCCUCAUCAAUGAGUACCCAAUUGGUUGAGGGUGGAUUUGUGCGAAUGACCAUAAAAAGUCUCCAUUUGGACCACUAUCCCGCUCACCCGAAAGGUACGUCGUCUUUAUGCCUCAUGAAUUUGAACAGUGGAAAUCGUAUUGAGCUACGUCUGACCAAUAUGGAGGUUAUGUCCUUCAUUGUUUCACUUCCUGUAGUUACAUCACGAAAAGAUUGGGCUGGUUGCUUCGAAAUCGAUUGUGCUCGUAAUCAAUGGUUACAAUCUCUCAAACCACUCUCUGAUCCUGAUCAUUACAUCUUCACACAUCUCUCCAACCCCAAAAUGGCAACUCUCCUUGAGUCCGUUGUAGUAUUUCGCCUACAAGAUAUUACAGUGGCUUGUGUGAUGUUGGAUAACCAAAAAGAAGAGGAAAGGUGGCCUUUGCCCCUUAAUAUCGCCAAAAAUCACAAGAGACGCACUGUAUUGGAAGCAUUGGAUGGAGAACAGAGGAGUCUUAUUUCGAAUUCCUUUCUUGCUUCCGAUGUGUUGAUGCAUAAACUACCAGUGAAAACUAAUUUAAUCGCGGUGGAUUUUACCCAAUGUCUUUCGCCUGAAUCACCAAAUACAGUUCUACCAAUGAUAUUGUUUGCCCAAAUCAACCCCCUUCACAUAAAGUUUGAUGUCGAUACUAUGAUUUGGCUUAAUGCAUUCCUUCUCAACCUCACUGCUAAUCUUCAAUCUCUUUUCGAUGAAGCAGAAAAUACUUCUGAACAUCAGACGACUCCACCUCCUCUGUUCUAUCGUGUAGAAAGCCUCAUGCCGAGAGUAAUACUUCCAAUGGUCCCUCCUCCAUGUAAUACCGACAACCCCGGUGGUGUUGAGUACCCUUGGACGGGACCUUCUGCUUUAGUUAUGCAGAUCGAUCAGGUGAUAUUGCAGACAGUGCCUCCACCCAUAACUGCCCCGAUGACCAAAGCGCUGUCAGCUCUUUUAGACAAAUUGAAGAAACAAAGACGGCCUUCACCCGCUUGGGGUCGAGACCACAUUCUUCCAGACUUUGCUCUCUUCCGAGAAUUUGUGGAACAGGUCUCGCUUAACUCGCUCUCAAACCCUCCAAAAUCCACUGGUCUGUUAUUUUGUCUGCAUUGUCCUAGCGUCUGGGCUGAGUUUCUUACAAUCUGCGAAGCCGCCCAGCGUCAUCCUACUGGAACUCCCGCUUUCAAAACCUACCGCCAAGCUUUCUUUGAUCCUGCACCUUUCACCUGUUGGGCUCUAGCUCCCUCUUGGCCCUUGUGGUUUCGUCCACCCUCCACACCUCGUUAUUCUGUAACCUGGAGCCCUGACCUCGGUCGAAGUCUCACUUCUCCACCUUCCCUUCCCGCCCCAAUCUCACUUCUAAUUGAUCUUGACACAUCUGCCAACUUCUUUUCCAUGUCCUCAAACCUAUCCUCUUCUAAUAGGUCUAAACCUCUUCAUUUCACAAUAGGCCACUCGGGAGCUGUUUUCACUUUUUGUCCUGUGGAACGUCUUCGUUUGCCCGACGCUAUCGACCAUUUGGUAUUUCUAUAUGGGAUCGCAUUUCGAUUAGCUCGACUCAAGGCCAGUAUGGGGUUGGAUUCAUAUGACAUCAUGGCGAGGAAGGAGGAAAAUGGCCAAGUGAAGAGAUACCAUGAAUGGUUAAUCACUGCUAAGUGUCUAAUUACUCAUGGCGUUGAGGUCGAGGUGAGAAGUACGUUGGAUUCAAGAUACAUUGAUCCUCCUGCAGAUUUCCAUGUCAGUGAGAAUGAAGGAGCUUUGUCUUCUCUAUCUUCGUGUAGCUCGACGAAACCCCUUACCAAUUCUUUGUUGAAAUCUGAGGUAGAAGGUGAUACGAAUGGCACACUAAGUUCUGACGGUGAUAUUCGCAAGAAUUCGUUGAUCUCUGAACGCCCUAUUGUCUAUGGUGCUACUUCUCAAGAACUUCAAGCUACGGGAGUUCUUAAGGAUUCGGGAUUGCCUAGUAGUUCUUCCGAACUCUUCGCAGUUUGUCCGCCUGUUUCUCACAGUAUUGUAAGCUUCCUCAAAUAUUACCUUUUUGAACUCAACAAGUUCACUAAUGUCAAUAGUUCCGUUGUGGAUGAUUCAGAUUCCUUCGAACUCAUCCUUUCGGAUGAUGAGAUUUUCAAUGAAGUCUUUCCAAACAACUUUGACGAAAUCCUUCCUGGUGAAAUGGGUGUUGAUAUCGCUAACAGUGCGGAGUUUGAAGAGCAGCCCAACACCGUUACGUGUGAAGAGCAGGCUGUGAAUUUCCCCCCAUGGAAGGUUCAACGACUUAUGUUAGAUUUGGAAGGGCUCUCAAUCGAUGCUGCUCAUUCUUUCGAUUCAACAGAUAUUUCAACUAUUGAGGCCCGGCUUUGGGUUGGAAUUACUUCUGUCAACUUUUUCGAUCCCGACGACCUUGAAGAUGAUCCAGCUGAUAGUGAUAACAGUAAAGAUGAAGUGAAACUCGACAUCGGUGAUAUCUCAACUCCCCUCUCUUCCCCCGCCUUCCUAAUAACUCUCCGUUUUGGGGGAGACGCUCUACCAGGUCAACCACAGACGCUUCUCUCCCCCUACGAUGGUUGGAUGGCUAUGCAUGUUGGAAUGAUGGAAGAAACCACUCUUUAUCCUGUUCCGACCUCUUGGGAAGUCCUUGAAUCUCUUUUAGGUCAUUGGACUUCACGGGGUGGUGUUAGAGCUUUUCAUCAUCUGGUGACCCACGGCCCAGGAGCCGGUUCGAUGCCAUUCACUAAUCCUCCUCAACUCUUGGACCUGACCUUCUGUUUGGAAAAGGGCAACCUUGUGCUAGAUUUGACCGCUAGACCCAGAAAGUGGGGCAGGCGAUCGAAGAGGGGUGGUACACUGGGUCAAAGUGAAAGCAAGGCUCCAAUUCAAAAGGUGAGGGGUUUUAACGAAUUAGCCUGCACUUUUUUUGCUCUAAUUUCUCACCCUUCAAAGUUACCUGUGACUAGG